AUUAUAUUGGUGAUAUUGUAUGUAUAAUAUACUUGUCAUGGUUCACAGAGAUUUCGAGACGGUCGAGAAGGUACUGGACGAAAAUCCAGAAUCGAGCCGUCCCUAUUACACUCUGUCAUACAACGAGAAACCCCUGGAUAAAACGAUCCUGACUUUCAAACCUUCCGAGUGCCCGAGCGGCGAGAUUCUCAGGGUCAAGUGCAAGAACCUUGAGUGCGGAAUAAGAACGCAAGCUCCGUCGCAGGCCAGGAUAGUCGGCGGUGGUAGCUCAUCCGCCGGAAGCUGGCCGUGGCAGGUGGCGCUGUACAAAGAGGGGGAUUAUCAAUGCGGCGGUGCGCUUAUCAACGAUAGAUGGAUCUUAUCCGCUGCACACUGCUUCUACCAUGCUCAAGACGAGUAUUGGGUGGCGAGGAUCGGAGCGACCCGCAGAGGAAGCUUUCCGAGCCCGUACGAGCAGGUCCUGCGGCUGGAUUACAUAUCUUUGCAUCCCGAAUACAUUGAUAACGGAUUUAUAAACGAUGUAGCGAUGCUGAGGCUCGAGAAACCGGUCAUCUUCAGCGACUAUGUGAGGCCGAUAUGCCUUCCUGAAGCGGAACCGAAAAGCGGCACCAUGUGCACUGUGACUGGAUGGGGCCAGCUGUUCGAGAUAGGACGAAUAUUUCGUGAGUCAAGAACGAACGUGUUAAACAAAUGAAAAAAGAAAUUUGUCUGCAAAAUAUUUCUAUAAUAUUCGCGAUUAUGCACGCGUUAUAACAACAAUAAUAUUGUUCACGUUCUAUGAUGGAAUAACAUUCAUUAAAGAACGUAUUAGACAAAAAGACAAAGAAAAUAGAUCUUAUCUCUUAUUCAAACAGAUAUAC